AUGGAUGAUUUAUGGAGGAUCCAGAAUUCGAACAAAGCGAUGAUGAUGCCACCACCAUCCUUCUCAUCUAAUGUUCAUGGCCAGUGGAUGUAUCCGUCAACAAAUCUUGCGGAAAUCCCGAUAGAACUCGGAAACAUCCCAGGGUCUGCGCCAAGAAGUAGUGGUAUUGCGGGACUUUCCUAUUCACAGCCGACAGCCGUCGUUCCUGCUGCUUCGUCGUCGUCUUUAUCCUCCUGUGGCCAGCAGCAGCAACGAGACUUGCAGUUACCAGUACGCAGUGAUCGUCCCGAUACGUCAUCUUCUAAUGAUGGUGCUAAGGCGAAUGGCACUUCUGAAGUGAAAGUUGAGAAUAAGGAACUUGGUGCAACGCUGACUACACACGUUUGUUUUAAUUUUUGCUCGUCUUUUCGUAGCUCUUGUUUCAUUCAUUCUGUGGCACACGCAGCCCUGGACCGAAGGCCUACCUUAGCUGUGCUUGGCGUGUAG